CAACUUUUAGGAGUGCGGUUGCUGAAAUUCGAAUUAGAAAAUUCUAAUAAAAAAAAAGAGACACCAUUACAAUGAAAAACUCAACUGUGCAAGACAGUUCACCGCAAGUGCCACAGAAUGGCAUGGUCACCUAUGGCAGCGGGCUCGUCUUUGGCGGGAAAGUUUAUCCGGUAUUGGUGGACGGAAAGCCAAUACAGCCACCCUUAGGUGCUCAUCAGGCAGCAAUGCAACAGCGCAUGCAGAUGCAGCAGGUACAGCCACAGGCGCCACAUACCAACUGCCCCAAGUCCAUUGUCCAACAACCUAUAUAUCAACGAAUGGAGACCCGGUAUCCUGCGCCCUCAUACAUGUCCAAGCCAAGCCAACAGAGCUCUGUGAGUUGUCCUGGCCCAGUCAUGGUGCAGCAGCACUCGCCGUCUAACAAUCUCGCGAUGAUGCAACCGUUGCAGGCGCAGAUUUUACAGCGCCAGCAAAUGCAAACCUCCAUGGGCAGUCCUUGCGGCUACUACAACCUGCCAACGAAUGCGGGUGGUGAUUCCUGCGGCUGGGACGGCUAUGCCAUGAUGCAGCCAAUGGAUGCCAACAAGCCGUAUACCUUUGGCUGGAGUCUUACCGAUUGAGUCCUUUAUCCUCUGUAACAUUGUCCAAAACAAUUAAUGAAAUUAAAUGUGGAUUGAUUU